AUGGAUGCCGCUCUGAAGUCCAACCCCUCCCAUCUGAGAGAGCUGGAGCUGAGUGACAACUACAGUCGGGACGGUUCAGAAAGGAAUCUGCAGUUUGAUUUUCUGGAGAGUCCAGACUGUAGACUGGAGACUCUGAGAUUGAAGAGCUGCAGGUUGUCAGAGAUCAGCUGUGCUUCUCUGCUCUCAGCUCUGAAGUCCAACCCCUCCCAUCUGAGAGAGCUGGAGCUGAGUGACAACUACAGUCGGGACGGUUCAGAAAGGAAUCUGCAGUUUGAUUUUCUGGAGAGUCCACACUGUAGACUGGAGACUCUGAGGUCAGACACCAUUUCUUACUUGUAUUGA